AUGUACGCGACCGGGAAUGUUGCGAUGGCCAUGGUGGUCGAGCCCGGCUCAGCCUCAGCCACCACCGGAGCUAGCAGCGCGAGUGAGUCGACUCAGAAGGGUUGCUUUGUUAUUUGGCAAAUGAUGCCCGAUAAAUGGCUGAUCGAGCUUUUUGUCGGUGGCCACAAGGUUGUGGCUGCCUGUGACGGCAAUGUGGCCUGGCGGCACACUCCGUGGCUCGGUGCUCACGCCGCUAAAGGCGGUGUUCGGCCCCUUAGACGUGCUCUUCAGGCAACUAAUUUGCUGGUAUACUUGUCACCAACCACAAUGAUUAACUGCAAAUUCUCUCUUUUGGCAAAUACAAAUUCAUUUAAAAAAGGACUCGACCCGAUGGCCAUAUCAUGUGUGUUCUCCACGGCACAGUACAUGGGGGAGAAGCAUAUGUCGGGUGUCGAUUGCUUCGUGCUCAAGCUAUCCGCGGAGCCUGCUGACCUGGCCGAGCGAAGCGACAGCUCAGCAGAGAUGAUCAAGCACGUGACGGUCGGUUACUUCAGCCAGAGGAGCGGUUUGCUCGUCCACCUGGAAGACUCGUAUCUGACGAGGAUCCAAACUCCCGGGUCCCGACCCAUGUACUGGGAGACCACGACUUGCACGAGGAUCGAGGACUAUCGGGCUGUGGAGGGUAUGAUGAUUGCCCACUCGGGCCACUCGAGCGUCAUUAUUACCAGGUUUGGGGACUGCCUGAGGGCGGGCUCGGAGGUGACGAGGAUGGAGGAAACGUACGUGAUUGAUGAUCUGGCAUUUAAUGUCCCAGGGCUAUCGGUGGACUCGUUUAUUCCUCCCAAGGAGAUGCUCAAGAGUUACUAUCCGGAGGAGGGUCUCGACUGGAGUUCGCCUUUGCAUCGGUAG